UCACCACUUCCCACUCCACCAUCAACAGCUCUCUAGAGAGAGAGAGAGAGAGAGAGAGAGAGAGGGGCUUUCUUUCUUACGCACUCAACGCACGCUUCUAGAGAGGGAGAGGAACCUGAUGCAUCGUCUAUCGGUCCUCAUUCAUUUCGCUUUCCUCUUCACGAGCUCAGCUGGACAGAUUUGAAUGAGCAAAAGCCACUUCCCCCAAAAAAGAGAAGAGAAGAGCCUCUCUGUCUUUAGGGUUUUGCCCCCCUCCCGAGCUCUUCCUUGCAAGUGCAACCACCUACGGGAAGAGCAUCUUUGGGGCGUGCGCAAAUGUGCUUAAAUCAGUGACCAAGAGUCCCGCUCUACAUGCUGUGCAAGAACUAGGAGUUUGGUUUCAAAAGGGCUUCUGUUUCUACUCAAAUCUGGGGGCAAGAGCAUAUGGUGGGGAUGCUAAAGCACAGGGGUGCCUGGGUUUGAGUAGUGUGGGUUUCGCUUUCGUCUUUGUGGAAGUGGAAGAAUCGGUGUCUUUUAGUGUGAAACAAGAUCCGUGAUGUGUUAUGUCAGAAGUUAGAGGCCUUACGCUGUAUCUUGAGAGUGCCCAUGUGAAUAUGUACUUGAAUCAGCAUCAAGUCAAGCAAAAGGAUGGGUUUUUUUCAACUCGCCCGCCUCCUUUUUCACCUUCAUCUCCCUAUAUCGGUGCUUUCCACAGAGAAGCAAGCUCUUCAUCACCAUCACCGUCCUCGUCGUCCUCAGUACCACCAUCGCCACCAUCGUCUUCUGGCGCUAGGAUUAGUCCUGCAGUUCUUUUCAUAAUCAUAAUUUUGGCCGUGCUGUUUUUCAUUUCUGGCCUCCUCCACCUGCUUGUGAGAUUUCUUAUAAAGCACCCCUCUUCGUCGGCGUCCUCUCAAUCCAAUAGAUAUCCGGAGAUUUCGGGAUCCGAUGCUCUGCAGAGACAGUUGCAGCAGCUUUUCCAUCUCCAUGACUCCGGUUUAGAUCAGGCUUUCAUAGACGCUCUACCUGUUUUCCAGUACAAGGAGAUCGUGGGUCUGAAAGAGCCGUUUGAUUGCGCCGUCUGCCUCUGUGAAUUCACUGAGAAGGAUAAGUUGAGGUUGCUGCCGACGUGUAGCCAUGCUUUCCAUCUUGGUUGCAUUGAUACCUGGCUUUUAUCGAACUCGACGUGCCCUCUUUGUAGAGGGACCCUUUUCGCUCCUGGGUUUUCCAUUGAGAACCCAAUGUUCGACUAUGAUGAUCUGAGAGAAGAAGAUGGGUAUCUUGGUAAUGGAGAAAAUGGAUUGGCUACGAAUCAUAAAGUGGCAGAUAUCGAAGAAAUUGUCGUGGAAAAGGGCAUUGUACCAGUGAGACUUGGUAAAUUCAGAAGGAUGAACAAUGAUGCGAGGGACGAAGGAGUCGGAGAGACAAGUAGCAGCAAUUUAGAUGCGCGACGAUGUUAUUCAAUGGGUUCAUAUCAGUACGUGCUCGGUGAUUGUGAACUGCGGGUCCCUUUACAUGAUCAAGAUCGUCACGGCAAUGUUGCCAAAACCACAGAAGGGGGACAACCUAAUGGAGAUUCCUCUGUUCUUGUGGAUAUGGAGCAGAAGAACAUGAAAAGCGUAGCUAAAGGUGAGAGCUAUUCUGUUUCCAAAAUUUGGCUCUGGUCCAAAAAAAGCAAAUUCUCUAGAUCUUCAGAUGACCAGAUGGACAUGCCUUCCUCUAUUAAAAUGGACUUUUAGCGGCUUAGAAACUGAGAUUGAACAUGCGAUGCAUUGCUUUUUUGUGAUGCUUGAUGAUUUAUUUCUUUGAAAGUACCUUGUGAUGCAAUUCCAUGGCAUUUCUCUUACAAUCCUUGCGAAUGCUUAUUGAGAAAUUGAAUGAGUUGGCUGUGGUGCGCA